AUGUGUGCUGACAAUUUGUAUCGCCAAGAAAACACUGAGCUUCACAGAACUUUCAUUGACUUCGUGGAUAGAGUAUUGGGUUUGCAGGGGAAUUUUCCUGUAAACCGUUUCUCUUUAAAGUGUGGAAACGGUGUUGAUGACGUUAGUGUCACGCGUUGGAUACUCAAAGCGUUGGAGCUUGGUGUAACGGAUCUUGAUUUACGCAUUGCACUAGAUUGUGAUGAUCCGUUGUUUCCCCCACAACUCUUUGUGAGCAAGUCACUUGUUAGGUUAAGAAUAGGAGCUAGAAAUGGUAUCGCCAUUGGAGGUGGUCCCAUCAUUGGCGUGGAACAACAUGUUUCCCUUCCGAAGCUCAAGACUCUCUUCAUCGAUUCCGUUGUGAUAGGAGACCAUACUAAUUCUUGUCUCAACAAGCUUCUUUCAGGUUGUCAUGUCCUUGAGGAAUUAUUCCUGAUUAGUCUGUUGUGGUUUUAUUGGGAGCCUUGCUCUUUGUCCGUUCCAACACUCAAGAGACUAACGCUUUGUAGUGAGGAUCAUGACGAAAGCCCAGAGAGUGUCACGUUUGAUACUCCGGCUCUUGUUUACUUUGAAUAUUCCGAUACUGUUGCGUUAAAGUACGCAAAAGUGAAUUUCGACUCUCUUGUUGAAGCCAGUCUCCGUCUUAAAGUGGGGUAUAAGGAAGAACAUGUAGUAGAGUUACUGGAAAACGGAGAAGAAGGACCACCGUAUAUGGAUUACCAAAUGGUCGGUGAUGCAACAAACCUACUUUUGGGAAUAAGCAAUGUUCAGAUCCUUUACCUAUCCGCAAGCACUGUUGAGGUACUCACGUUCUGCUGCAAAGCAAUAACGAUAUUUAAAAACCUGACUCGUUUAACUAUUGAGAGUAACACAGAAGUUGGAUGGGAAUCAUUGCCUAAUCUUCUCAACAACUGUCCGAAUCUAAAAACCCUCAUUUUCCAAGGACUCCACCACAAAGCUACAGAUAGUUGUGGCAACGUGUGCCGCUGCAAACCUUGGGAGAAUAUUCCUAACUGUUUAUCAUCAAGCCCAGUGAAGGUUUUAAAGAUACUCAAGUUUGGAGAAAAACUUGAUACAGAGUUAGAGCAGAUCAAGCACUUCUUGGAGUCAAUGCCGCAUCUUGAGCAGCUCACUAUAUGCUAUGACACAUCAAUUGAUGAUAAUCUCAUUAAAGUAUCCGAGGAACUUCAGAAGCUUCCUAGAGUGGCUUCACCAAAGUGCAAGAUCCAAGUAAUCUCCAAUAACACCAGCUUGUCAUUUACAUUACCCUCUUCCUCAUCCAUGAAAUUGGUUUCUCCUGUUCUUUAG